AUGUCCGGCCAAGGUGUUUCCCACCAGGGCAUCACCGCCCCCGGUCUCAGCGAGGCGGACCAGAAUAUCAACAACACCACCGAGGACAUCAGCAACAAGGCUUCGGGUCACAAGGCAAACUUGAGUAACCCCAACACUAGCGAGGAGUCCAAGAAGAAGUCUGCUGAGGCGCUCAAGGCACUUGGUGGUGAGGACGCUUUCUAUGGAAAGCAGGGUAAGGGCGAGUAG